AGUGCAUCUCCGUCCACGUCGGCCAGGCCGGCGUCCAGAUGGGCACCCCCGUCUGGGGGCUGUACUGCCUGGAGCACGGCAUCCAGCCCGACGGGCAGAUGCCCAGUGACAAAACCAUCGGUGGAGGGGACGACUCCUUCACCACCUUCUUCUGCGAGACCGGGGCUGGGAAGCAUGUUCCACGGGCCAUCUUCGUGGACCUGGAGCCCACUGUGAUCGAUGAGGUUCGGGGAGGAGUCUACCGCCAGCUCUUCCACCCUGAACAGAUGAUCACUGGCAAGGAAGAUGCUGCCAACAACUAUGCCCGUGGGCACUACACCAUCGGCAAAGAGAUCAUCGACCAAGUGCUGGACAGGAUCCGGAAGCUGGCUGACCAGUGCACAGGACUCCAGGGAUUCCUCGUGUUUCGUAGUUUUGGAGGUGGCACUGGCUCCGGAUUCACUUCCCUCUUGAUGGAGCGACUCUCCGUUGACUAUGGCAAGAAGUCCAAGCUGGAGUUCUCCAUCUACCCCGCACCACAGGUCUCCACUGCUGUGGUGGAGCCCUACAACUCCAUCCUCACCACACACAGCACAUUGGAGCACUCGGACUGUGCCUCUUUAUGGUGCAACGAGGCCAUCUACGACAUCUGCCGCAGGAACCUGGACAUCGAGCGCCCGACCUACACCAACUUGAACAGACUCAUCAGCCAGAUCGUCUCAUCCAUCACAGCAUCACUGCGGUUUGACGGGGCCCUGAAUGUCGACCUGACCGAGUUCCAGACCAACCUGGUGCCCUACCCGCGCAUCCACUUCCCCCUGGCCACCUACGCCCCCGUCAUCUCCGCAGAGAAGGCCUAUCAUGAGCAGCUUUCGGUGGCCGAGAUCACCAACUCCUGCUUUGAGCCAGCCAACCAGAUGGUGAAGUGCGACCCUCGCCACGGCAAGUACAUGGCCUGCUGCCUGCUGUACCGUGGGGACGUGGUGCCCAAGGACGUCAACGCCGCCAUCGCCACCAUCAAGACUAAGCGCAGCAUCCAGUUUGUGGACUGGUGCCCCACGGGCUUCAAGGUGGGCAUCAACUACCAGCCGCCCACGGUGGUGCCCGGGGGAGACCUGGCCAAGGUGCAGCGGGCUGUCUGCAUGCUGAGCAACACGACGGCCAUCGCCGAGGCCUGGGCUCGCCUGGACCACAAGUUCGACCUGAUGUACGCCAAGCGAGCCUUCGUGCACUGGUAUGUGGGCGAGGGCAUGGAGGAAGGGGAGUUCUCUGAGGCGCGGGAAGACAUGGCCGCUCUGGAGAAGGAUUACGAGGAGGUGGGCCUGGACUCCUAUGAGGACGAAGAGGAGGGCGAGGAGUAGAGAAGCCCCUGCCAAAAAGGACCGUGCUCCUUCCCCAUGUUACCUGCAGAAAUCCUUUGCAAUAAACCGUUUCAGAGCCU